AGUAGUUCUACUCUAUGAAGUUAUGAAUGCCAAGUUAAUAAACCAAAUAUCAUUAAAAAAACACAAUUCAAUCUGUAAAACGGCAACAAAAUCAAAGCUUAUGGAUUUUAUCGAGUUGAAAAAUGUGUAUAAGGACAAUUGAAACAGGUUUAACAUAAUCAAUAUCAUAUUUAAACUUUACAAACCUGAAAUACGUUCUGAUUUAUAAACUUUCAUGAAAAUAACAAAUGAUAUAUACAUAGAAUAUAACUAUAAUUAUAUUCAAACGAAUAUGAUAAUUAAGGAUUAACUGAGUUUAAAUGUUGAAAUUUGAAACAAAGAUCAAAAUAACCUGUCAGAAAAUUAUCUUGUUGAUGGAAAAUUUACGUUAAUACACUGGAAUAUUACCAUUCCGUGGCUCAUUUUGUGUUUGAAUGGACAUUAUCAAGUGGCACUACACAUACUUAAGAAGACAUUAAGUUAGUAAGAAUUUGCCUCGUGAUAAGAAAGAGACUUGCUUGAGAAACCUCCUGGUAGGAACGUUUUCAAGCAUCAUCUGAAACAGCUGAAAUGCGCUUCAGGAAAUACUGCAAGCUAAUUGCAUGUUUCCAACACAUAUUGUGCACAGUUUAUGUUGUAUCUGCUUUGACAAACAACUGUCUAGAGGAAGCUUAUCAUCCUUACUACCAGACCACUGAUGACAGAUUUUGUAAAAAGUGCCCACAGGGGCACUAUUGGAUUCAGGACUGUGACGAUAAUGGUGAAUCGGCCCACUGUGCACCAUGUAAAAAUGGCUCAUACUCGCCAUGCUACAAUAUUGCCCUUACAUGUGAACCCUGUGACAUCCAUUGCCCGGGGCAUAGUAACCAAGAAGCGUUUUAUGACAGAGAAUAUAUAAGUGAACCAUGCACUGCCACCUCCAACAUUAAAUGUACUUGUAAACCGGAUUUUUACCGAGAAUCCGGACCAGAAGGGCUUUGUCUACAGAAAAUACCAUGCAACCCCGGCCAAGGAGUUGUCUUUCAUGCUACUGAUUCCCAGACUGAGUGUCAACCGUGUGUAAUUGGUUUAACUUUCUCGAACACAUCGUCUUUCACGGAAGCAUGCAAGGAAUGCACCAAGUGUGCAGCGGACGAACACGUAAUCCACGACUGUAACCCUAAAUACGACCGAGUAUGUGGCAAAAAUGCAUCGAUUAACGGUGAUACAACUGCUGCGAUCGAUGAAUCCAAAGAAGAUUUCAUUGUGCCUUUAGCAGUGUCAUUAACACUAGCAUUUGUUAUCGUGGCCGUCAUUAUUGGAAUUUAUGUUAUCCGGACAACAGAACGCGGUAAACGCAUCUGGAAGAGAUUGUACUGCAAGAAGAAAGCUCAGCCAAUUCUAAGCCACACCAACAAUAAAUGCAGGUGGCCACCAAGGCGUCCAAAUGACAGGGAGUUGGGAAUUAUUGCCGAUUGUUUUGCUGGAGACUAUGACAUCCUUGCUACACAACUCGAACUUCGUGACUCACACGUGUUCCAGAUAAAACAAGAUAACAAUAGCUUCAGUUCACAAGCCUUAUGCGUUCUAAAACUCUGGACUAAUGAAAAUGUAGGUGCAUCUUUAGCAGAGUUAGAAAACAUAAUGCGAAACUUGCGAUCUGUGAAGUUCGAUUGGAAAGAGGCAAAUAGAAGACUGAAGGUUACAUAAUAUCAUUAAGACAUUCAUAUUAUGUGUUGUGGUCUGUAAAUGUCAGUAAUUCAAAUUCACGAUUUCCUCAACCAUGCAAUCUAAGUUUUAAGGUAUCAACACGAUAAUGAUAUGAAUACAACCUUAUGAAUACAAUUUUUUGUCACAAUCUCAACUUACAUUUACAUUUGAACAGGAAAAACAACAAAUGGGCAAUACUUCUAAGAGACAUGCUGUGUAAGUUUCGUUUUAAUAAGGUAUGGUUUGCACAAUGUGAUAGUGACAAAAAUGAAUUCACUAGCUUGUUUCAGCAAAGAUGGAAAAGUAACGUAACACGGUAAUUCAUUAUAUCAUUUUGAUGAUACCUUAAAACUAAGAUUUCAUGGUUCAUGAUAUCGUCUAAUGUGGACUACUUUCUUUACUUUUACAUUGUGAUAAGGCUGUCACAACUUUUCAAAUUGUCAAACAAUGAAGAUUUAUCUUUUACUUUUAACGAUAAUGUGUAUGGGUAUGGGAAUUUGGGCAUAGACUAACCAACACAAGUGUGAUUGAGAGAUUGUGAGUUAGUUAGAGCCUGGUAUCUCACACUGGGCUUACGGUCACACGUUUUCCCUUGUGUAUAAUUUAAAUAACUCGAAUAACAGACUUAUCCUGUGUUAUUUAUGAUAGACUAGCGCCCAGUAACAUUUUGCACCCAACGAGGGACAUGAGGAUAAACACUAAAUACAGUGACAACUGUGAUAUUUACAAGGGUGAUCUUGGACCAUUGGAUUUUAAAAUCAUUUGGACUACUAUAGCAUUAUUGUUCUGGGUUUUGGACAAGUAUAUUCAUUCCUAUAUUGGAUAAUGACUACAUCACGCAUGCUGUCAGGGGACAGUUAUACCGUAUCGUACCUAAGGGCGUGUGUACAUAAAGAGUCCACGGGGCAUUUGGAGCUCCCUGGCCUUCCAAUGGACGUUUCGGGACGGCAGUUACGUUUUAACCCCAGGAGACGUUUUGCCGUAAUUUACAUGUUGUGAUAUGAUUAUUCUCGGAAAUGUUUAGACAGUUAAACUGCUUUUUACACCAGGAGGUGCUAUAGUGAAUAAUAUAACUGACAUUUUUUUACAACGAAACAUGCUUUUUACAAUUUUAAUACUAUUUUAUCAUUGUGACUAAGACAUUUUUUACGUGCUAGUGACAAAGAAUAUUCAAUGUUGCAGUAUCAAUAUCAUAACAAGUUUACCAAUGAGUGGGUAGAUUUAUGUGACUGCAGUUAUGGUAAUGAAAAUGUGAUCAAGUUAAUAUCGUAACAUUCAGUAUGUACUGUAAUCACGAUUUGCUGCUCUUUUGUGUUGUCAUACUGUAUACUGUGAUAUUCUUAGUAAAGGAGACAAUAUAUCACUUGCAUGAUUACACUUAACUUUAUGGUUUAAGGGAUGAAUUAUUUCAUAUUUCUCUAAACUGUUUUUGUAUAAGCUCUUACAGACUUUUUAUCUGAUUCUAUCUAUAUCUUAUUAAUUUAUCAAGAAGAACAUCAUAUUUCAUGGCAAAAUACUGCCAUAUCUGAAGAAUUUUUAAUUGAUCUCAGAUUAUACUGCAAUCACCAUUGACCAAUUUUACACUGCAUAUAGUUUUCACACAUUUGUUAGAAAUUAUGUCUAUUAGCUAUUCUCAUUUAGAUUCUGAAUAGUAAAAAAAAUACAGUUGUAUUUAUUUUUCAUUCAAUUUAGUGUGUGUGUUUUUCUUGUAUUUUUAUUCAGACAUGACAGUUGGGGAAUUGUGAUUUUGAAUAUUUUCAGACGAAUAAUUUCUGCCCAAUUUUAUGGACAUUCCAUUGGUUUAUGGACGUCAAAAUGUGUAACGAGACUGAUCUUUUUAGAAACAAAACCCAGGGCCGGACCGUUAGUUGUAUUUGAGGUGUAGUUUGUAGAUCGAUCUUAUUAAUAACUUCAUACACACAGAUGUUUUUCAGUGAUCAGUAGCUGUAGUUUAUUAUACUAUUAAUUCAAUAGAAAAGUUGUGUAUUUAUAAACUUAAUUGUGCAAUGCUCAUAAACUUAAUUGUGUAAUGAUAUAAGGCAGGGGCGUAGCUAGGCCGUUUCGACGAAUAAGCACUAUUGUAAAUGAAAUAGGUAGAUGGCCAUUAUGGGGGGUCUCGGUUUUAUCAUGGGUCAGAAUUAUACUAUAUAGCAAAAUAAAUUUCUUAGUACAGGAUUAUCAGCAUUUUAUCAACGAAUAUUCAAUUAAAAAAUGCUAUGUCUAAAUUCUCUAAUUCAAAAAUAGAAAUUAAAUAACGAAAAUGCAUAUGAACGUUUCAUUUAAACAUUAAAAUUACACCCUGAACAGUAAUGCAAGACGUCGAUCCUUCUUCGGGGCGAAGAUGUCUAUUACCCAUUGCGUUUUGAUUUCCCGUUCACGGUAAACGUAAAGCAGUCCAAGACCAGACAAACGUUCUGUUGUCAUUGUUGAUCGGAGAUAAGUUUUUAACCUCCUCAUCGUUGAGAAUGGCCGCUCCGCAGUAGCGGUCGACACGGGCAUAACCAGCAGUACUAAAAUGCACAUUCUUAUGCUUGGGUAUGUGUCUUUGGAUGCUACAGCUAUGCAUUUAUCCAAUAAAUCAUAUGCUGCAGCUGGCUCCAGCUGCCACUUGAGCCGCCACCGUAUGCAUUCCCGUGAAAAUUCUGCUGCGUCACAAGUUAGGUCUCCUUGGUUUUCACGGAAAAUGUCGGCGGCAACCUCGUCGGUUAAGUUCUUUACCUGAUAAUAGACUUUAGGUAAAUUAUCCGCACCAAAUAUUAACUUAAAUGUGUAUACUUAAACGUAAAUUGCCGUCGUUGUUUUUUAUUUCGCAUCUUCCUGCACAAAAUCAACCUUCGAUUCAAGGUAUAAACAGGAAGAAAAACGACACUGUAUUUUUGAAUGUUAUAUAUAUAUAAUACUAGUAUAUUACUUCAUCAAAGAAAUAGAAUGUUGUAUCUUCGCAUAGAAGCUGAUUAAAACCGAGUCGUUAACAAAAUAUCUAGUGUACCUGUGUAGGAAUGAGAUACUGGGCAUUGCACCUAGCAUUUCCCUGCAAAAGACGUACAUCAAAGGCGGCCAAAAGGUGUUCCAGGAAUGGCAGAUACAUGUUAGUCUUCCAAAACUGCGAUGGUGUGUCCCUAGAAACGUUGGGCCGAUUCUGCUGCUGCCCAAACUGUCGGGGUUUAGAAGGUUCCACACCAACAUCAUUUGCUAGGGGCACUACACAUUUCAUUAUGCUUCACAAAUAACCUAAACAAAAUGUACCUCCUUGGGAAGGAAAACUCAUAGAAAUGUUCCAAUUUUGCUAUGAAGAUGUUUAGUUUAUCAGCAUUAUCAACUGUUUGAAGAUCAUCUUUGAACAUGUCAAGAUGAGGAGGUUCAAGGUUGACGUUUGACAUUUUGAAACUUGCCGCUUUGUAAACAUCGUUCGGAUAUAUAUAUUUAGUAUUUAUCGACGAUUCAUUCAUGACUGGACAAUAAGGGAAACUCCUCACCAGGCGUAUAUAACUUGUAUAACUGGUCCUGUAUACUGCAUGGAUAAAACAGACGUUCCUUCAACUUAAAGGUAAACGAGGCUCUUACUGAAUAAUAGGAUUUUGUUAGAUUUUAUUGUCUCAAAUAUUCAAAAAAGGCGACCCGCGAACGUUUCACCCCCCCCCCCCCUUACCCUUCAGUUUUUAUUGCAUUUUUGGCCCCCAAAUAUUUUCUGACUUGUGCGAUUAAUUGUACGCACGGGCGUAUUGUGCGUAACGGCAGCUACGCCACUGUAAAGUGACCUUAUUUCAGUUCAUAGUGUUUGCACACUGUUUGAUUAUAUUCAACCUGGCAAUUAUCUAAUACAUAAAUACGUUUGUAUAUGUAAAGUCAUAGUUAUUUAUACCUUUAUAUAUUGGUCAUUGCCCAAAACUUGUUUGUUCUGCAAUAGGAUGAGAUAUACUUUGUAAUAUCAAUUUUACUUGGUACUUAAGUUUUUGGUAUGACACUUAUAUUGAACUAUAUUUGUUUACGGUUGUGAUUUUGGCCAGUGAUAAUUUGAUUGCGGGUUUUGAUGAGUCAUUCAAGCAUGAAGUUUGUGUACAAAGGUUUAACUCAAUAAAAAUUCAAAAUCUUUAAGAUAUAUUCCCUGUUAUAAAUGGUUCAUGAGUGUUACGCUUUUUAUAUGAAUAUUAUAUAUAAUGUCAUAUGGAUUCAUUUUUGUAUUAUGUUCACUUAAAUGAUCGCAUAUUAAAUUAUUGCUUCGAUGAAAAAGUUUAUGUUUGUUGUUAUAUUUUGUCUGUAUAUGCUAUAUAUAGGUAUGUAUGUACCUGAACGCAUUG